AUGUCGCCGAUAGACGCCGAUGCGCUUGGAAGGCGCGCAGCCGAGUCUGUAGAUAACUUCGGCGUGCGAGGUGUCUUCUCGGGCGGUUCGAAAUCCAUUACGGCGCGGCCAGUGUCGCACGGCAAUUUUCCACCGGCCGACCCCGCCGCCCACACGCAGUUCACGACCAACGAGCUAAUGACUGUUAUCAAAAGAAAACAGAGCCGAAUGCGUCAG